AUGUUAGACGGAGUUUAUGUCGAUGCUGUUAACUCCCUGGGCCAGACUGCACUUUUCGUUGCUGCAUUAUUAGGUCUGACGAAAUUGGUCGAUAUUCUGGUGGAUUAUGGCGCAGACCCAAAUCACCGCUGCUUUGAUGGAAGCACUCCCGUGCACGCAGCCGCGUUUUCCGCUCACCAGUGGGUCCUCAGCAGACUGCUGGACGCAGGAGGAGACUUACGGCUUCACGACGAGAAGGGCCGCAGCCCUCAAGCUUGGGCCUUGGCGGCCGGGAAGGACCGCAGCUCCGCGGUGGUGGACUUCAUGCAGCGCUGCGCCACGCACAUGCAGGCUGUCCUCCAGGGCUUCUGUGACCUGCUUAGAAAGAUCGACUCCCCGCAGCGGCUCGUCUGCGGCCUGCCCAGGUUCGGGGGCCUCCGGCAGGGAAACUCUCCUGGCUCCCCUAACCGACUGCCCAAAGCUGGAGUGAUUUCUGCCCAAAACAUCUACAGCUUUGGCUUUGGGAAGUUUUAUCUUACAGGAGGGAAGCAGCUGGCCUACCUCGGCGCUCUUCCCGUCGUUGGAGCAAAGGAUGUGAUUCAGGCUGACGACGAGCCCACCUUCUCCUUCCUCAGUGGCCCCUACAUGGUCAUGACCAACCUGGUGUGGAACGGGAGCAGGGUCACAGUGAAGAAGCUGAACCUGUCUGCCCACCCGCACUGCAGCCGGCUGCGGCUGGCCGACCUGCUGAUUGCAGAGCAGGAGCAUUGCAGCAAGCUGCGGCACCCUCACCUGCUGCAGCUGAUGGCCGUGUGCCUGUCCCAGGACCUGGAAACCACCCACCUCGUGUAUGAGCGCAUCACCGUGGGCACGCUCUUCAGCGUCCUCCACGAACGGAGGUCCCAGUUCCCCGUGCUGCACAUGGAGGUGAUUGUGCACCUGCUGCUGCAGAUCUCCGACGCCCUGAGGUACCUGCACACCCGUGGGUUUGUCCACCGCUCCCUCAGCUCCUACGCCAUCCACAUCGUCUCGACCGGGGAAGCCAGGCUGACCAACCUAGAGUACAUGCUGGAAAGCCACGAAGGAGGCGUGCACAAGGACCUGACCGGAGUACCCCUCCCCACCCAGCUGUACAACUGGGCUGCCCCCGAGGUGGUGUUUGAGAAGACGGCCACAGCCAAGUCGGACAUCUACAGCUUCUCAGUGGUCAUACAGGAGAUUUUAACCGACACCGUACCCUGGAAUGGUUUGGAAGGCUCAGUCAUCAAAGAGACCAUGGCCUUGGGAAAUCACUUGGAAGCUGAUGUCAGGCUUCCAAAACCUUACUAUGAUAUUGUUAAGUCAGGCAUCCAGGUGAAGCAGAAAGACCGAACUAUGACCCUUCAAGAUAUCCGAUACAUUCUGAAAAAUGACUUAAAGGAUUUCCUCGGCGCCCAGAGAACUCAGCCAAUGGAAAGCCCCAGAGCGCGGAGCUACGGACCCCAUCCCGAUGUCAACGUCUACCUUGGGCUGACCUCGGAGCAUCCCAGAGAGCCCCCCGACUUGGCAAUAAAAGAGCUGAAGGGAACUAGCAGGCCUUUCCCCACAGGGAGUCAGCUUCGUUCUCCAAGGGCCACUCCCAUGGCUGAAGCACUUGAUGCUCAAGCCCGAGAACCAAGCCUGGGGGCCAAGGAGACUCCGAGCCAAGGUGCUGCUUCUCCCAGGCCGCCGCCAGUGGAGGAAGAGACCGGGAGCUCCAGCGCUGAUCCGGGGAGCCUGUCCAGCUUCGAGAUCAAUGAGAUUUGCUCCGGCUGCUUGGCUGUGGGGAGUGGCAAAGGGGAGGAGCCCCUCGGAUCGCUUUCGUCUCUUGAGGUGGACAGUUCUACCCAGGAGGACGAACUGAAGUCCAUGGAGGAGGAGCUGGACAGGAUGGAGAGAGAAGCAGGCUGCUUCAGCGACGAGGACGGGAGUUCUUUAGACGUGGAGACAGAGUUCUCCUCCGAGGACUGGGCCUGGGAGCAAGAUUCUCCGAGUUCUCACAAGGCCCGUGAGCCCACCAGAGAAGCCAGGGGCAACGUGAGCAGCAGGUCCAUGACCGAGGAGUACAUCAGCAAGUGCGUGCUGAACCUGAAGAUCGCGCAGACCCUGGUGCACCAGAGCGCCGACUUGCUGAGCACCACCCAGCAGAAAAUCGACCAGCUGGAGGGGAUGCAGAGGGAGCAGGAGGAGUGCAGGUCUCUGUGGGAGAGCUCGCGAGAGUUUGCAAACGUCCCUGAUGCACCUUCAGCCCUCGGUCCCCCGGCUUUGGGCUACAUCCCCCCUGUCGGGCCGCUGUCAGGGAACCAGCAGCUGGACUCCAGGGACAAUUCCCGGACCCUCCCAAGGUCUCCCAGGCCAAUGCAAGACUUUCAUGGAGGACGUUUUGGCAAAAAAUCCCGGAAAAGAAGCCAUUGUGGCUGGAAGUCUUUCACGUCCUUCACCCAGGUCUCUGCGGAAAGCCCUGGAGAUCAACCCGGGAAGAGCCGUCAGCUGCCAGCUCCACGUGCCUCUGGAAAAUGCGACGCCACCGGCCAGUUUGAGCCCUCGCAGGGAGCCCAGGACAGUUUGGACAGAAGCAGGAGCCCGGAUCCCAAUAGUCACAGAAGACCUAGAGAAUCCUCUUCCCGGGCCGGAGUCACACAGAUUCAUAGUGCAUUGUUGGAGACACCCAGCCACCCACAGGGACAUCCUGGGUCACUCCCGCCUGCCCGGGACUCUGCCAGGAUCAGUGUGGAAUCUGUUCCCUCUGAAGUCUAUAAUCCCAAAUCAAGAAAUCGUGAAGACGAAGAGGUUCACUUAAAAUGGAAAAUGGAGGUGAAAGAAAUGGCAGAAAAGGCAUGUGCUGGGCGGCUCAUGGUGCUUCCCUGGCAUCCUCAGAGUAGUUUGCCUUCAGCGAGUGAGGCCGAAAAUAGGUCCAGUCCUGAUGCCCUGAUGCAGCGUCGCGCGAGGGACCCUGAGAGCGUGGAUUGGCAGCAAGCAGUAGAGUAUUCCGUCCAGUGCGAUGGCACGAAGAACAGUGAGCAGCCCGGCGAGCAGCCUGGGCCAUGGAGCUUCACCAGUGCCAGACAUCUGUCCCUCAGAAGGAACGAGCAGCCAGCAAAUAGUGACGCCUUCCAAGCAAGCCUCGACACACUCAUGACCGUUGAGAAACCUUACGGCGAUCAGUCUGCGGGAUCAUCCGACUCGCCAGCGUCUUCUGAGGACCUAACAGAUGAGUUUCUAACUCCAGACUAUGAAUAUUUUUGCUCCUCGACUGCUCAGGAAACCUUAGCUCUAGAGACCUCAAGUCCCAUAGAAGAAGCCUCAGGAGGACAUCCAGGUGCACUCGCCCAACCUCACGGUUCUGGCGAGGAAAAGCUCCAUGUGGUGGGAAGAAGCCUUGGAAAGAAUGAGGAAAUGUCUCAAUCUCAGUUCCAACCUAUUCAAAGUGCUGAAGGCGAACAAGAAGACACUUCAAAGGAGCCGCCAAAGGAUCGAAAAGACAAAGACAUAUCACUGUCGGAUAUUCAAGACCUGUCUAGCAUCUCCAAUGAACGAGAUGGCUCAUUUAAAGAAGCUUCAUGUAAAACACCCAAAACACGCCACGCGCCUACCAGUGUCAGCACGCCACUCAGCCCAGGGUCAGUGUCUUCAUCUGCCAGUCGGUAUAAAGACUGUCAUGGAAGCUUCGCACCUGAGAUUCAAAGAGGGUCGGCCUCUUGCCUGAGCAGUCCAGAGUCCACUCCAACCUCAUUGGAUAAAAUCACAACCGUCCGGGAGAGAGCAAGGAGCCUGGACUCCCUCCUCACUUCCUCUGACCUGAAAAAGUGGUCUACCUUUCCGAGCCCCGGUUCCCACAGAAUCACUCAGGCAUCUAGCACAUCGCCUGCCACCAGCCAGAGGAGGAGCCUGCCUAAAGAACUGGUAGAAGCUAUCUCGCAGCAUCACAUCGAGGAGUUACCACCGCCAUCGCAGGAGCUACUUGAGGAAAUUGAGCACCUGAAGCAGCAGCAGCCCGCAGCCACCAUGCCAGCAGAGGACACAGCCACAGCGAGGGGCCCUGGCCGCUCUGCAAAUGAUCAAAGGCACUUAGCAGAACAGGAGCCUGACAGUAAGAGAGGAGACGGCAGUAAACUGUGGAGCAAACAAACAGAGGAUCCAGAAGACACAGACAGAGCUCACUCUACUCUCGAUGAGGACCUGGAGAAGUGGCUGCAGGCACCUGAGGAGAGCAGGGGACUCCGGGACCUUCCAGAGGGCUCCGCAAGGGAGACCCGCACCAAGGACCAAGACGUUGAUGACAAGAGGAGCACCAAGCCAGAGCCAAGAAACUCAGAGAGCUUUGUAGGGACCUCGGAAGAAGGAACUGAGACCUUGUUUUUGGAAGCGGCUCGGUUGGUCCGAACCCUCCAGGAUAAUCGUGCUGGAUCAGAGCGACUUGUCAGACUGACCCGACGUGGAUCACAGAUGCCCUCCAGCCCCAGUUUCUGCAUCCGAGUUGUGAGCACAUCUGCUGCAGUUCCCCUCGGGGCCACAGCUCAACACACUGCCCGGCUGCCACAGUAGACUGACGGGCAUUUGUCUUAUAUUUCUGAGAAGUGAGCAUAGUUUUGAUUGAAAAAAUUUCUCAGUGUGCCUUUUGGUCUUUUGUUUUUUUUUUUGUUGAUAAUAGAAUUUAGAAAGUUUUAACUCUGUUAGACGAUAAAAUGUUCACCUUUCCUACUUGUUAGACUUAGAACGUUUUAACUUCUGUUAGACAAUAAAAUGUUCACCUUUCCUACUUGUUAGAUUUAGAAAGUUUUAACUUCUGUUAGACAAUAAAAUGUUCACAUUUCCUACUGCCAA